CGGUAUAUUAGAUUUCUCAUGAAAUGCGCCAACGAAUCGGUCACGAUAGAACUCAAGAAUGGCACCAUAGUUUCAGGCACCAUCACCUCAGUAUCACCACAGAUGAACACUGCGUUACGGGCGGUCAAAAUGACCAUGAAGAAUCGGUCGAAUCCCUCCGCCCCAGGCGAAACUGUCAGUCUUGACACCAUCAACAUCCGUGGCUCAACGAUCAGAUAUUACAUCCUACCCGACUCUUUACCUCUCGACACGCUGCUCAUCGAUGACCAGCCAAAACCAAAGAACAAGGCGAGGAAAGAAGGCGAUUCACGAGGGCGGGGGAGGGGAGGUGGUAGGGGACGGGGAAGAGGCGGAGGACGCGGACGUGGU